CCAACAGACACGAUGAUGAUUCUGAAUGCUUUCAGUGUUUUCCUGCUGUGGUCUCUAUGUGGGACUUGGGGGAGUAUCAUUCAACCGAGGAUUCAUAAAGUGAAAUUUGGAGAAGAGGUUGAAAUUAUGUGCCUCAUUAAUGAAAACUUGGAAACCAGCGUGUGGUACAAACUGAGCAACAACAGGACACUGCAGCAGCUCACGUCGAGCUACAGUACAGUCUCUGAAAAGUUUAGAAGUCGUUACUCUGUUAAGUCAUCCGAUUUUUCCAGUACUUUGACGAUAUUGGCUGCAGAGUGGGGCGAUGCUGGUACGUACUACUGUGGAGUUUUGAGCCAGAAAGAUGUGGAGUUUGGAUCAGGAACAGUUGUGGUGGUUGAAGGAGAGUCAAAGCUCAUGCAGUCUGUGCUCCAGAGUCCAGACUAUAUCAGAGUGCAGCCUGGAGACUCUGUGACUCUCAGCUGUUCAUUUAACCCCAGCCUCUGUCCACAAGAACAUACCAGUGUCACUUGGAUUAAAAGUGGUUCUCAAACUGUUUCAUGGAACUUUGAGAACAUCAGUAUGAACUGUGAGGACGCUGGAGAAACUUCAUGUGUUCAUAACCUGACCCUGACAGAAGUUGGUUCAGCUGAAAAUGGGACUUUUCUCUGUGUGGUGACUGCCUGUGGAAACACGAUGCUUGGUUCUGGAACAAGGAUAGAAAUGUACAAGAAUCUUCCAGUGCAUCUGAGUCAAAGCUCCAUCGCUCUGAUUGUGGUCUCCAUUGCAUUUGUGGUGUCUGUUCUUGCCCUGGUGCUCGUGAGCUGCAAGAAGUUUGACAAACAAACUCCAGGAAGAGCUCUGUGCAGUCUGGACUCUCCCGAAGACAACAAGGUUGAAGACAGUGUUACAUAUGCGAGAGUCAGGAUAGGGCACCACAGCGCCACCAGCAGGGGGACCUCCAUGCAACCCAAAAACGACACAGUACUGUAUUCUGACGUCAGAAUUAAGAAAACAAGAAAUAAAUAA